AUGGAGGCUUCUAGCAGCUCGACGCGCUCACAGAUCCUCAAUGAACUCAAAGAAGCCCGCGCGCGGGUUGCCCAGCUCGAGGAACAGCUCGCCGCGCUCCCUGCCUCCGACUCGCAGUCUGGGCAGUCCAGCUCGACGGCGGCCAGUGAUGGGGGCAGGCCGAACGGUGCGAUAACAGCGAAUCGGAAGAAGAAGGAAUGGCCACUGAGUCUGCGCGAGUACAAGCGUUACGGGAGGCAGAUGCUCGUCUCGCAGAUCGGGCUGCCAGGCCAGCUGAAGCUUAGGAAGUCGCGGAUCUUGGUUGUGGGCGCAGGAGGACUCGGGUGUCCCGUCCUGCUCUACCUCGCAGCUGCUGGCGUGGGCGAGAUCACCAUCCUCGACCACGACUCGGUCGAGCUGUCGAACCUGCAUCGACAGGUCUUGCACACGGAGGAACGGGUCGGGAUGCCCAAGGCGGAGAGCGCAAAGAUUGCUUUACAGGCGCUUAACUCGGACAUCCUCAUCCACUCCCACGUCCUCCCCUUCACGCCCGCGCUCUUCCACCCUCCUCCCUCAACCGACCCAACACCCCUCUCCGUCCUCGAAGGCGAUUUCGACCUUGUCCUCGACUGCACGGACAACCCCGCGACGCGGCACUUCCUGAACGCUUACGCCGUGAGCAAGGGGAUCCCGCUCGUGAGCGGCGGGGCAGUCCGGGCGGAGGGGACUGUCGGGGUGUACGGGCUGGUUUUGCCCUCCACCGCGGAGAACGGAGUAACAGCACGAGGACCUUGCUACGCCUGCCUCUUCCCUCCUUCACCUCCUCCUCCCGCUCCGCCUUCUCCCGCAUCCGACCCCGCCGCAUUCGAUAAGUACUACGAGCAGCUGAGCUUGGCAGGCACGGGCGCGUGCGCGGAUGAGGGCGUCGUAGGCGUCUUGUGCGGGGUUGUUGGGAUUGCGAUGGUUGGUGAGGCGAUGAAGGUGUUGCUCGGUACGGCCCAACCAACUCUCCAUCUCUUCUCGCCUCUCUCGCCCGCUCCAUACCGUACAAUCAAGACCCGCUCACGCAAGCCUACCUGCCCAACAUGCGGCACCUUCCCCUCCCUGAUCUCUGUCUCUUCAACGAGCCCAAGCACGCCCAACUCGCGCUGGCAAUCCUUCCUCGAUUCUCCGACGGGCGAAUGGCCUGGCUGGUCGGAUCCGCUGUGCGAGCUACCAGGCGUCGGGGCGCUCGCUUCUUCGGAUGAUCAACGGGUAAGUGUGGCGGAGGCGAAGAAGCGCUUCGAGGAAGAGGAGGAGAAGCGCAGGACGAGGGUGAUCGAUACGAGGAGCGGGACGGAGUUUGAGAUUGUUAGUGUCGAUGGGAGCGUCAACAUCCCCUUCCCCGUCCUCCUCCGCAAUCCUUCCCUCGCUCUCGCCCCGUCCGCUCGCCAAGUCGACACCGACUCGACGACCGACACCGCACCUCCCGACCGCAUCACCUUCCUCUGCCGCCGCGGAAACGACUCGCUGCUCGCCUCUCGCGCUUUGCGGCGGUACCUCGCCUCGCAGCCCGACGAGUCUAGCAAGCAGAUCGAGGUUGAGGACGUCAAGGGCGGUCUAGAAGCUUGGGCGCGAGCGAGCGAAGGGGAAGGGUUUCCGAUGUACUAG